AUCCAACGCCUUGCGUGCUCGAUUGGUUGACUCACUCACAAAAGAGUUUGAAACGUAGUCUGCAUAUCUGACCAAUGGCGUCGACCCAUUCUAGCCCUGCCGCAUGUUUUUGCCCGUGCUUUGUAACUCCGCAGUUGCUUGGUGAGAUGCUUGCUGACCGAUGAACCUCUGUUAGCGUCGAGCAAAUUGACAAGCCCUGUAAACUCCUGCCAAGCUCCGUCCAGUGGUUUGAACAACGGAGAACUUGUGGAGGGAUAAGUAUGGCUCAAUAUCUGUCCCAAAAUGCUCAUCAUCAGUUCACAACAUUACCACUCAGACACACUGUGCCUUCCAACUACCUAUCUCCGCCAAUAACACCUGAACAACUCCCGUCCCAAACACAUCCAUACUGAGAAACACCAAGACAGAAUUCACUGUUACACAACAUGUCGGCUCUCAUUCGGGACGCUCCCUUUGGGCAACUUGUCCGAUACAUCACCAAUAACCGGGUUUUCCAAUAUCCGGAAGAACGAUCAGAUUUCCAGAUACCAGCUUCAUACACACGAAACACAGCUCUUGAGGCCAAACGACUGGAUAGCAUCACAAGCUCUGCUCCCACCACCGAACCUGAAGGGCCAGCUGUAGAAGAAGCCGUCUAUCCUGAUCCCGAGACAGUACUUGAGAAAAUCGCUACAGAGAGCGAAGACGACAGCACAUCGGACCUCGAGAAGCUGCAGUCGAUCCGAACGGCGCAUACAGCACGCACUCAGAUCUCCCGCGUCGGUACACGGACCGCGCUUUCGAAGUCCAUUUCGCGAGCCGACCUUGAGCAGCAGUUUACCUUGGCUUCAGUCGAACGCGGUCCCAGUCGCCCGAUUGUUCCUGAGGCACGCGAAGACGGUACUAUUCUUGUCGACUGGUACACAACUGACGAUGAAGCCAACCCACAGAACUGGCUGUUUGGCAAGAAGCUCGUGGUGCUUCUCCAGAUUCUCCUGUACACCAUGGGCGUAUACCUCGGCUCGGCAAUCUACUCCCCCAGCAUACCAGGUGUGAUGGAGCAGUUUGGCGUCCAAAUUGGAGCCGCUUCGCUUGGUCUGUCGAUGUACGUGCUUGCGUACGGUAUCGGUCCGCUACUUUUCUCACCCUUGAGUGAGAUCCCAGUCAUCGGCCGCAACCCACCCUACAUUGUCUCCUACGCCAUCUUCGUCAUUCUUCUGGUCCCGAGUUCUCUCACGAAUGACUUCAGCACCCUCAUCGCACUCCGCUUCCUACAGGGCUUCUUCGGCUCGCCCUGCCUCGCCACCGGCGGCGCAACACUCCAGGACAUGUAUUCACUGCUUCAGCUGCCCUAUGUGCUCUCCCUCUGGGCCUUCGCAGCCACCUGCGGCCCCGCGCUCGGUCCCAUCAUCUCCGGCUUCAGCGUCACAGCUAAGAACUGGCACUGGUCGCAGUGGGAGAUGCUCUGGCUCAACGGACCCCUCUUCCUCGCGCUCUUCUUCUUUUUGCCUGAGACCUCCUCUGCAAACAUCUUGCUCCGCCGCGCACAGCGCCUGCGCCUCCUCACCGGCAACUCCAACCUCAAGUCCCAGAGCGAAAUCGACCAAGCCAGCCUCACCGCCUCCGCUAUCGCCUCCGAGGCCCUCUGGCGCCCCUUUCAGCUCAUGCUGCUCGACCCCAGCAUCGCCUUCACCGCCGUCUACACCGCCAUCAUCUACGGCAUCUUCUACUCCUUCUUCGAGGCCUUCCCGCUCGUCUACAUGGAGGCCUACGGCUUCAACCUCGGCGAGAUGGGCCUCACGUUCCUGAGCGUGACCAUCGGUGUCAUACUCGCCCUGGCCUGGUACUGGUUCUACAUCGCACACACCGUCAACCCAUCGAUCCUCGCGCACGGCCUGGGCGCACCCGAGCGCCGCCUGAUCCCCGCGCUCGUGGUAACCUUCUUCGUGCCCGUCGGGCUGUUUAUCUUCGGCUGGACGGCGCGCGCCGACGUGCACUGGAUCGUGUCGUGCGUGGGCAUCGUGAUCACGACCAUUGGCAUUUUCCUCAUCAUCCAGUGCAUUUUCUUGUACCUCCCGCUGUCGUACCCGCAGUACGCGGCGAGUUUGUUCGCGGGCAAUGAUUUCGCCAGGAGUGCGUUGGCCGCCGGGAGUAUCCACUUCAGCUACCCCAUGUUUCACAACUUGGGCGUCGACAAGGGUAUCACGCUGCUGGCGGGGCUGACGGUUGGGUGCAGUGCGGGAGUGUAUGUGCUGUACUUCUUCGGCGAGAAGCUGAGGGCGAAGAGCAGGUUUGCUGCGAAAUAGACGGGAGUGGUGGAUAAUGAGUCAAGAAAGUAAAUGAUUCUGAACGUAUAUUGAGUACAUAGCCUUGGAGUCUGGGUUGGACUUUUUGCAGUUUUACACAGUUUAGACGCAUAGCCUGCGAGUAAUAAUUAAUAUGUCACAUGAA